AUGCUCUCUCGCUGGCUCGAUCACACGGCCGUGGCUGGUAGGGGGGAUUUUAACAUCAUCAGUACGCUGGCUGAGUAUACGGGCCGGGCGGCCCAAGAUCUUGGAGCGAUUUCGGAUUUCAAUGGUGCAAUAUCUGGCUGCCAUCUCCAGGAGCUUCCCUACUCUGAAAGUGCUUACACGUGGUCAGGUGUUAGAGCAGGUACCAGGAUUUGGAAGCGAUUAGACAGGGUGUUAAUCAACCAACACUGGCUCGAGUUCUUGUCGAAUACCUCUGUCCAGCAUCUCAAUCGCGCCGCCUCCGACCAUUCACCCUUGCUAGUGAGCCUACGAUCUGCAGAUGCUAGCAUUCCAAAGCCCUUCAAGUUCCAAUCGUUCUGGGUUCCGAACCCAGAGCUUUUAUCAACAGUGCAGAGUAGCUGGGAUUUGCCCACGUAG